AUCCAGCCACACGCCACCAUGUGCCAUACCAGCUGCUCCUCAGGCUGCCAGCCAGCCUGCUGCGUGUCCAGUCCCUGCCAGGCAUCCUGCUGCGUGCCUGUGGGCUGCCAGUCUUCUGUGUGUGUGCCCGUGAGCUGCAAGCCAGCCGUGUGUGUGCCUGUGAGCUGCCAGUCCUCCGUGUGUGUGCCUGUGAGCUGCAGGCCCGUUGUGUAUGCGGCCCCCUCCUGCCAGUCCUCCGGGUGCUGCCAGCCCUCCUGCGCCAGCGUCCUCUGCAGACCCAUCUCCUGCGGCAUCCCUUCCUGCUGCUGACCAAGAAUCUCCAGACCCGCUGCUCCCAGUGCAGAUGAGG